AUGAGCAAGGUUCUGGCAGCUGCUUCAACCCCUCUGCUGAUUUUGGGAAGUCCCAGCACAGUGACUCUUCCUGAAACCCUGUUGUUCGUGUCAACCCUGGAUGGAAGUUUGCAUGCUGUCAGCAAGCGGACAGGCUCCAUCAAAUGGACUUUAAAAGAAGAUCCAGUUCUGCAGGUUCCAACCCACGUUGAAGAACCUGCCUUCCUCCCAGAUCCCAAUGAUGGCAGCCUGUACACACUUGGGGGCAAGAAUAACGAAGGCCUGACGAAACUUCCCUUUACGAUCCCAGAGUUGGUACAGGCAUCCCCGUGCCGAAGUUCAGAUGGAAUCCUCUACAUGGGUAAAAAGCAGGACAUUUGGUAUGUGGUUGACCUUCUGACCGGGGAGAAGCAACAGACUUUGUCAUCAGCCUUUGCAGAUAGUCUCUGCCCGUCAACCUCUCUUCUGUAUCUUGGACGAACAGAGUACACCAUCACCAUGUACGACACCAAAACCCGAGAGCUCCGGUGGAACGCCACCUACUUCGACUACGCAGCCUCGCUGCCCGAGGACGACGUGGACUAUAAGAUGUCCCAUUUUGUGUCCAAUGGCGAUGGGCUGGUGGUGACUGUGGACAGUGAAUCUGGCGACGUCCUGUGGAUCCAAAACUACGCUUCCCCUGUGGUGGCCUUUUAUGUCUGGCAGCGGGAGGGUCUGAGGAAGGUGAUGCACAUCAACGUCGCUGUGGAGACCCUGCGCUAUCUGACCUUCAUGUCUGGGGAGGUGGGGCGCAUCACCAAGUGGAAGUACCCCUUCCCCAAGGAGACGGAGGCCAAGAGCAAGCUGACGCCCACCCUCUAUGUUGGGAAAUACUCUACCAGCCUCUACGCCUCCCCCUCAAUGGUCCACGAGGGGGUCGCCGUUGUGCCCCGAGGCAGCACUCUUCCUUUGCUGGAAGGCCCCCAGACCGACGGUGUCACCAUUGGGGACAAAGGGGAGUGUGUGAUCACACCCAGCACGGACCUAAAGUUUGACCCUGGGCUCAAAGGGAAGAACAAGCUCAACUAUUUGAGGAACUACUGGCUUCUGAUAGGACACCAUGAAACUCCUCUCUCCGCGUCUACUAAGAUGCUGGAGAGAUUCCCCAACAACCUGCCCAAACACCGGGAAAAUGUGAUUCAAAAAAAACAGAAGAAGAGCUUUGAGGAAGUUAUCCACCUGGUGGACCAGACCUCAGAGACUGCGCCCACCACCGUUUCUCAGGACGUGGAAGAGAAGUUCGCUAACGCCCCCGCCAAGCCUGAGGCCCCCAUGGAUUCCAUGCUCAAGGACAUAGCCACCAUCAUCCUGAGCACCUUCCUGCUCAUCGGCUGGGUGGCCUUCAUCAUCACCUACCCCUUGAGCAUGCAUCAGCAGCAGCAGCGCCAGCACCAGCAGUUCCAGAAGGAACUGGAGAAAAUCCAGCUCCUGCAACAGCAGCAGCUGCCCUUCCACGCCCCUGGGGACGUGGCUCCGGACUCCGAGCUCCUGGACUCAUCUGGCUUGUAUUCGGAGAGCUCGGGCACCAGCAGCCCCAGCACGUCCCCCAGAGCCUCCAACCACUCGCUGCACUCCAGCGGCUCUGCCUCCCGGACUGGCGCCAGCCCCUUCCUGGAGCAGGAUGACGAGGACGAGGAAACCAGCAUGGUGAUGGUUGGGAAAAUUUCAUUCUGUCCCAAGGAUGUCCUGGGCCACGGAGCCGAGGGCACAAUCGUGUACCGGGGCAUGUUCGACAACCGUGACGUGGCGGUCAAGCGGAUCCUUCCCGAGUGCUUCAGUUUCGCAGACCGCGAGGUCCAGCUGCUGCGAGAAUCAGACGAGCACCCGAACGUGAUCCGUUACUUCUGCACGGAGAGGGACCGGCAGUUCCAGUACAUCGCCAUUGAGCUGUGUGCAGCCACUCUGCAGGAGUACGUGGAGCAGAAGGACUUUGCCCACCUUGGCCUGGAGCCCAUCACCUUGCUCCAGCAGACCACCUCGGGCCUGGCCCACCUGCACUCUCUCAACAUUGUUCACAGAGACCUAAAACCCCACAACAUCCUCCUCUCCAUGCCCAACGCACAUGGCAGGAUCAAGGCCAUGAUCUCUGACUUUGGCCUCUGCAAGAAGCUGGCAGUGGGUAGGCACAGCUUCAGCCGCCGUUCAGGGGUGCCCGGCACAGAAGGCUGGAUUGCUCCAGAGAUGCUGAGUGAAGACUGUAAGGAGAACCCCACCUGCACAGUGGACAUCUUCUCUGCGGGCUGCGUCUUUUACUAUGUGGUGUCCGAGGGCAGCCACCCUUUUGGCAAGUCCCUGCAGCGGCAAGCAAACAUCCUCCUGGGCGCCUACAGCCUCGACUGCUUACACUCCGAGAAGCACGAAGAUGUCAUCGCCAGGGAAUUGAUCGAGAAGAUGAUCGCGAUGGACCCUCAGAAGCGCCCCUCGGCGAAGCACGUGCUUAAACACCCGUUCUUCUGGAGCCUCGAGAAGCAGCUCCAGUUCUUUCAGGACGUGAGUGACCGCAUAGAGAAGGAAUCCCUGGAUGGCCCGAUCGUGAAGCAGCUGGAGAGAGGCGGGAGAGCCGUGGUGAAGAUGGACUGGAGGGAGAACAUCACCGUCCCUCUCCAGACAGAUCUGCGUAAAUUCAGAACCUAUAAAGGCGGCUCUGUCAGAGAUCUCCUCCGAGCCAUGAGAAAUAAGAAGCACCACUACCGGGAGCUCCCCGCAGAGGUGCGGGAGACCCUGGGCUCCCUCCCCGAUGACUUCGUGCGCUACUUCACAUCCCGCUUCCCCCAUCUGCUCUCACACACCUACCGGGCCAUGGAGCUGUGCAGCCACGAGAGGCUCUUCCAACCCUACUACUUCCACCCGCCCCCGGAGCCUCAGCCCCCAGUGACUCCAGACGCCCUCUGAGCCAUGGCAGCCUCCAUUCUGGUGGCUCCAGCUGUGACUGAGGGCCUGGUCUUACAAGCCAGAGCCUGACACCUCCCCGCCUCGCAGGAAGACCAGGCUCCCAAACCCAGUGCCUUGAGCUGCCUGCUCUGCAGCCAGCAGAGGAGGGUGCUGAGCCCGGGGAGCGGGAGAGGUCAUCUCUCCUGACCUGCAGGAAGCUGGCACGAUCGUCGGCCACGAAAGCUUUACCAUCAGGGAACGUCCGCGAAGAGCGGCCCAUCCCAGAGGUAGCGAGAGGAGCAUUCUCUGCCUCCUCGUGGAUAAACUUGCUUCGGGCUUACGUUUCUCUUUAAACUUCUUGUUUGAUAUCAGCCCAAAGGCCUUUAAGGGAAAGAAUGGAAGAAAUCCUAAGUUUGCCAGCAUGUUGGGACCAGGAGCACCUCUCUCUCGACUUGCAGGCUGAGGUGCACUAAGUGCAGCCUCUGCAAGAAAUAGGGCUCAAGAGGUGAGGAGUGCCAAGGAGGAGGAGGGCGUUCUGAAGGUGUCGCCCCUAGGGAUCGGAGAUCACUAAUCACCGAUCGCAAGAGCACCCAAAUGUCCAGGUCACUGUAACCUGCGUCUCCUCAGGGGCAGUGACAGCCUCGAGCACGCGGGGGCAGUGAGGACGGAUCAGCCUUGCACGCUGGAAGGUGAGGCCGUGGCUGUGGCUCUCGGAAACGAAGAGGCCGCUCUGUUCUGAGGCAACCGCGGCCCAGGGCACCGGUGGCCUGGACAAUGGCUUUGGUGGCUUUGUGCCCUGACCCAUUUGGGAUGUUUAGGAGUGUUUGGGGGCAAGAAGUGAUCCACUCUCUGGCCAUCGAGGGGAGCACCUAAGACCCAGGCAAGGACAGGCCUGCCGGACGGGAGCGGGAGCAGGCCAAUGGGACACAAGGGCCACCGCGGGAGAGCCUUGGCCCAGCAGGUAGGCGAUGAGGCUCCUCUGUCCCUGGGGCCAGCAGGACAGGCCAGGGGCUUGGGAGCUAAGGCCAGGUCACCACAUACUUUGUGGGCAGGAUUUUGUUUCUCCUGGCAGAUUUUAAUAACUUUAUAUUUUGAUCAUACUGUAGAAUGCUAUAUUAGCACAAGUAAGCUAAAUUUAACUGGAAGCUUACUCAUGAAGAAGAAAUGCGAGAUGUGUAAUCCAUCUUCUCUUGUGUGUGGUACCAAACCCCAUGCCCUCCAGGUAGAGUGUUCGUAUUUAGAACAUUCUCUCAUCCUGAAGAGUAAAACGUUAUAGCAACGCUAUACACAUGUGUUAAACAACUUCUAAGUAAUGUUCUCUAAAUUAUGUCAAUACCAUGUUAUUUUUUUCCUAAAAUACAAUUUUAACUUUAGUUUCAACCAAAAAUUCCUCUGUUCUUUUUAUACCGAGAGCCUUAGGGGUUAAAUGCAAUCAGGGUAAUGGAAGGAAACAGCUUCUGUGUACUUUCUCCAGCUGGGCGAGCGGCUCAUUGCGGGUCAGCCCUGGUGAGCUGAGACUCCACUCGGGAGUAAGAAUAUUACUGUCGAAUUUAGAAACUGACAGAGAAAUCACUGUUUCUUCGUGUGAGGGGUUUUCUGGUGGUGUGUGUAUACGAGGGCCGUUUCUCAAAAGCUCUUGUUCUGCCUUCGUAGAAUUCAGUUCUCUUCCUUUCAUAAUGCCUGAAGUCACUUUUUUCCUUCAAUUAAUGUUAUCCUACAUCUUUAAACCUCAUCAGUUACCUCAUUUGGACCUUGGAGCCUCGGCAUCCUUGGUUGGCCUCGUGGCGUCCUGUACCACGCUGUCCAUUUCUCAGGAACACGGCCAGAUGGGUUCUCCUCCUCGCCCUGAUUGGCCCGUGCCAGCCCCGUUCUCCAUGUGGCUCUGCGGGUCACUUUGCCACCGUGCCUGAGUGAGAAUAGCCCGAGGGACAGUCAGAGGUAGAGAAGGUGCCAUGAGUGACUUCACAGGACGGUCACCUUUCCGUGCUGCCAGGGCUACUGCCUCGUUGUCACUGCUGAAUAUUCCCCUUUGGGGAGUAGCCAGAUCAUUUGUAGCUGCCCAGUACUUGUCAUCUCUGUGUUUUGGCCCAAUUUACCUGGACAACUUUUUUUUAAAAUGCCUUUUCCAACUCGUAUAUUUGUUUCUAACCAUCUGACUUUCUCAUACUCAUUUAUUCAUCAUAUCGUACCUGAGCACUUACCAUAGGAGCUAGGUGGGAUGCUGAGUGCUAGAGGUAGACUAGACAGGCAAAGCUUCUGCCUUCAUAAGCACCUAUAGCGAGAGAGACAAUAAAUACUAGCGAAAGCCGAGGGGGUGGGGAAGGGCGUGCUUUUGGUGUUUACACCUCUUCUGUCUUAAAGCCACCUGUGUCCCAGGACCCAUCACAUCUGAUUAGGUUGCUUUCUGUCCAUCUCUUUGUCACCUUUAGGAACCCAGUCACUUGUCAGUCCUUCAAGUGGCUUGACGAGGUCUUGUGUGGGCACUUGGUAUGAAAACACCCCAGGUGUCCUCAUUCUCGUCUCUAGAACUUGAGUUUCCUACUGUACUCAGGCAGUGGAAGGCAUCUAUCUUUUGCUAGAACAGGGUUCUGUAGCCUUGUGCAUCCUGUUGCAGCUGAGCUAUUUGAUCUUUAGUAUAAUUCCUGGAAGGCUGUUUAACUUAGAAGUACACUUUGUUUUUACAAUAGAAUUUAGUCUUAUCUCAGGAAUCCCGAGGAGGCUAUAAUUUAUUUAAAUCUUGUGUUGAACCUUGUAUUGAAUCUGACUUUGGCACACCCAACAGAAUUCCUCUUGUUGCUUCUUGAGUCUUUUUACCUUCUAGUUUAGAAAGAGCCACAUGUCACUAGACAUCAGAGCAUUUGCACUUUUGGGAAUCGUUGGUGUCGCUUGAUAAGUCCCUAACCGUCUAGUUGCUGACGUAUAUACUCGGUGCAGAGGUGUCCUCCCUUCGCCCAUCAGGCUCAGUGCAGUAAUCGUCACAGGUUCUUUCCAGUGAGACAUCACUCUGACCUGUUACAUAUAUUACAUUGGAAGGUCCACAGGUUAGUGGGUCCAGCAAAGUAUUUUCUUCCCACCAACUCUAGAAGAAAGGCCCUUAUCGAAGACAACUCUGAUCCUUUUGGUAAGGUUUUCUGUGAACGUGACUCAUGUAUCUUUGCAGUUCUUUCUCACUGUAGGAAAAGAGAUGAGUUGGUUGCUGAUCUGACCUCUCUUGCAGACGUGGGAGGCAUUUGGUCAUAGGGCUUUAUCCUCUUGCCACUGUCUCUUCAGAAUUUGGACUCUGGCCAGCUUUGGAUUUCCCAAGACUGUCCCCAUUCCACAUCUCUGUUCACUGGAUCCUCAGCCUUGAGAUCCUGGCAGGAGGUGGGCCGCUUCUGCUUCCACAGCCUUCUGUGCCCGGAGGAGCUGGAAGAGAGAGCACAGUGCACCUGUAAAGAGCCCCUUGACAUUCUCUUUAGCUUCCUCUCUGCUCGCUUCUGAAAUCCCUUUUCUUCGUAUUUCCCAGCGUUUCUUUUCCUUGGCUGUUCCUUCGCCAUUGUGGAGAGGUCCUUUUAGUUGAGUAUGACCCUGCCUCGGCCUUUCAGAGGUCAUCAGGUGUCCUGUCUAGAUAAGCCAAAAUUCUGCCUUCCAAGGUCAGACCGUUAUCUUUUAAACCCGAGUGUCUACUCUUCCUGUAUUUUCUUAAUGAAACAGUGAUUUCUCAUGAGUAACGCCAGUUCUGAUUUUCGUAGCAGCACAAAUCUUUUCUGUAUUCACUGGAAAACCACAAAGAACCAUCAUCAACGAGCCUCCCACUGGAGCAGCCUUAAUCAAUGACUCCGGCCAAAGUCCCCACCCCUCACCUCACCCUGUGCUCUGUGUUUGGUGGGUACAGUAUUCCUUUUCAGUAUCCCGAAAGCUGUGAUGGGGGAGCCCCCACUUACCUAGAAAGCAUUACCAGUCAACUCUGUGGCAUUCUCAGAUGCAGACUCUAUGUAGUGUUCUUUUUGCAGUAACCUAUUUAUUUAACCUAUUUAUAUUUAUUUAAUUUUUACUCUGAAGUAUAUCCAGUUACAAAUGCACUUGCUUAAAGCACAUCAGAUUUGUUUUGGACAACACCCCUGGCCAUUUUAAAACUGGAAAAGGAAAAGUUAUACUGUAUUCUUCCAUGGGAUGGAUGCCUUACAGGAGUUUUAGCAGUAAAGGGUGAAUAAUUUGGUCGUGGUCAAUGUUAAUUUUUAGGUGAUUUUUUUUUUUUUAAAUAUUCUGUGCCAUUGCGUCUUCUCUGGAUGGUUCAUUGUUUAAUGUGUAUGUGUUAAUUGCGUGAUACAGUCCUCUUUGUGGAACCUAAAAUCCUCUUUUUAGCUUUAUAUUUUAUAAAUUGCCAGAUUGUACAAUUUUUAUGUGUAUUUUUAAAGCUCGAUGAUGUGAGGGUAAUUAUAUAAGUUAAAUGGCCUAUUUUUGUACCUCCUGUACAGUUUUAUAAUUCCACUGAUUGAUGAUGGCGUCUUAUGUUGAGCCAACCCCAAAUAAAGGUAGUUUUAGAUUUGGAA